UUCUCAUCUACUUUGCACUUCCUGAAACUUUUCAUCACGUCCAAUCGUCACUUCCCACUAUUUCACCUCUUAAAAAGCAUUUUAACCCUUUCUCUCCAUUUGUUUUACUUCGUUAUCCAAACAUAUCACUGACUACAUUUUACAUGAGCACAGUUUUUGCUAUUAUGUACAUUCAGUAUACCCUUUUUCCAAGAACUUUUUCUUCAAAAUUUAAUCUGUCCACUUCUACCAUCGGUCUUGUAUUUCUUUCCCUUGGUAUUGGAUACUCAUUGGGAAGUGUGAUCUCUGGAUUUUAUUCGGAUUUCUUAUUGUCGAAAAUUAGUGCAAAACAUGGUCAUAUUUAUCCGGAAAUGAGAAUAAACAGUGUUUGGUUUGCUGCUGCAGUAACGUCUAUUGGCUCGAUACCACUUGAAGACGCGUUGGGCACCGAAUUACUUUAUACUCUUUUAGCUAUAUUUACUGCAUUGUGCAUUUCCUGUGCAAUAAUUUAA